AUCCGGAUUAAACAGAUUUAAUGUCUUUUUAUUAAAAAUAACAAAACUAAUAAUCAAAUUCCAUGCAAGUCGCGGGUUAUUACCUAGCAAUAAUGUAAAUGAUGAAUGAUACAAUAAAUAAAGGUUUACUGACAUAUGUUGUUAUUUUCCUAACGAAUAGACAGUAAUUAAUAUAUGGUGUGAGAAGGCUGGUGGUGUUUACCACCUCAACAUAGCAUAGCUGUAAAAAAAAUUCAAAUUAAAAUCUACCUUUUAAAAUUGAUUUUCUCUUGAUAUAUAAGGGAUUAUAUAUUUACCACAUAAGGGAUGAUAUCUUUCCCAUAUAAAUUUGAAGUUCAGUUGAUGACUGGUUGAAUAAAAUAGAAGAUUAAAUAGAAGUCAAAGAUACGGAAAAAUAUUACUAAAGUUAAAGAUUUUGAAAAGUUAAUGCAUGAUAAAAAGAAUGAUUUUUUUGACAAACCUAUACAGUUUGUACGCGUCCUAAUUGUAUUCUUAGAACGGAACAAACUUUGCCAUGAACCGAGAGAAGUACAAUCCAAUGAAUCACUGUAAGAUCAUCAGACGCCGCACACAAUCAUCCACGACCUCCUCAACGUAUGUAGGAGAGAACCCAAAGACGCUUCCCAUCGAUCUCAUCAUGGAGAUACUCAAGAGGUUACCAACAAAGACCAUUGCAAAAUGCCGUUGCGUCUCGAAGCAGUGGGGUUCCUUACUUUGCGAUCCAUAUUUCACGAAAUCAUUCCUGACACGUUCGUCAACUCGGCCGCGUCUUCUGUUCACAUUCGAAUUUGGCGGCAAGUGGCAUUUCUUCUCGUCCCCUCAGCCUCAAAAUGGCGAUGAGCAGGUUGUAAUAGCAGAUUAUCAUAUGGGUUUCUCUGGAGAUUGGUACAAGGAAACUUGUAUACUCGCCAACGGGUUUAUCUAUCUAAAUGAUAGGAAGAUGUUAAAGGAAAAGAUGGAAAGGGUUCCUGUGAUAUGUAACCCUAGCACGGGUCAGCAGGUAAAUUUACCUAAAGUGUUAGCAAAGAAUAAGGACUUGAGAAGCUUUUUAGGGUAUGAUCCGAUCGAGAAUCAACUCAAGGUUUUGUGCAUGACUGUGGCAAGGUAUAGAGAACAAACUAACUCUAGAGAGCAUCAAGUUCUGACGUUAGGGAAAGGAAAACCAUCAUGGAGGAAGAUCGCAUGUUUGUUUCCGCAUUUUCCUGAGAAUUUCGGAACUGGGAUAUGCAUCAACGGGAUUUUGUAUUACAUAGCUCGGAGCAAUUUGAAUACAGUGAUAGCAUGCUUUGACGUUAAGUAUGAGAAAUUUAGGUUUAUACAAAUAGAUGAUGAGAACUCUAAGUUGUAUUGGUUCUUGACGUUAAUAAACUACAAGGGAAAGUUAGGUGCCAUAGUCUAUGAUCGUAGUAUCAAUGGUCAGUUAUGGGUUCUAGAUGAUCCUGAGCAGGAGAAAUGGUCGAAGCAUAUCUUUCAUUUGCCAGAUGCAGCUUUUUGGAUCAUGAGAUCAAUUUGGGCAACUGAUACGGGUGAAAUUGUUUGGGCGCGAAGUCGUUGGACCCAUCCAUUCUAUGUCUUCUACUACAAUCUAGAGACACAGAGUGUUAGAAGAGUAGAGAUCAAAGGAAUUGAAGGGAAGGUAUUGAUGGGUCAUUAUCGCCCCGAAGCAAUCUUAACCUUCACAAACCAUGUUGAGAAUGUGAUGCUUCUGUAAUAAAUAUGUGGCUUAUCGCAGUGUUUUUUUUCUCUCUCUUUUUUUUUUUUGUUGUUCCCUUGUUUGAUUCUAACUUCUAAGUCUUUUCUUCAAUUGAUCAUUUCUGAAUCUUAAUGUUUAAUUUUUUUUUAUUUGAUUUACUUGUGUAUUUUUCUGUCUCUUAACUCUCAACGACAUUGAUCUCGUUAUUGUUUUCCUGCUACUGCUUUUUUUUAUAUGCAUGAUAUCACUUACAGAUUACGUAAACUUGAGAAACAAAUCUUACAUAGAAAUAUAGAAGAGCAUCAUUAUCCCUAAAACUCACUGAGGGUUUCUUAAUUUUUUCUUUGUCUGAUCAAAAAAAAAAUAGAAACCAAUCGCAGACAGCCACGUGUCAGUGGGACCCGCAAACUGUAAGAAACGGACGAACUGCGUCCCUCAUUUCACAACUUUUGAAACCGAUUAUUGCUAUUUUAUGGGACCCACGCCAUUGGAACAGUGCAAGAAACCCUUUUAUCAGCCCCAAUAAUCAUGGCCUAAGCCACAUAACGUUAGUCCUCGUGAGCUGUGAGGUUUAGACGAUGCCAAUAAGCAAGUAUGAUUGAAGGUUAUCUACCUUUGGCCGCCUUUUAGGAGCCAUUGGUACAAAUGAAAUUGCUCUACAACCUGGCGUUGCGAAUGGUGAGGAAGUUUUUCUUUACUUUGUCCUUAUCUUUCAGCAACCAUAUUAAGAAUAUGAGGUUGGUGACUUGACUUGAAUUAAUACAACUAUAAAAUGCAACAAACAAUCUAAUUAAACGUGUAUUCAGUUUCAGUUGCAAAAUUCAUAUACUUUUUUCAUAUAUAUUCAAUGGUGACAUGCAUUAAGGUCAUCCGGAUUGGGAGUAUUUCAAACACAUGAGUUCUAACAAAAUAAUACUAGUAUUUAAUUUUGAGAAACUAAUGUGAAAGUUAAUUAAUACUAUGUCCCAAAAGUGUGUAGUAAAUACUUUUUCUGUUUCCAAAAGCAAUUGCUUAAAAUAGUUAUUUUUCCACAAAAUACUAUUUAAUUGCUUAAAAUAGUUGUCUUAAAAUAGUUUUAAUAAUAUUUUUAAUCAUUUUUUACAAUGAUAAAUUCAAAACUUGCAAUGACAACAACACCAUACUUGUCUUAACAAUGCAUCAUUAAACCCUAGCGCAGAGAGAAAGAGAGAGAGAGUAUUUCAUAUUUUCAGAAAUAUAAUUUGGGUAUUUGGGUAAAGUUUUGGGUACUAUCCAGGUUUUCGGGUCACGUUUUAUGUAAAAUCAGAAAUUUUUGCAGGAUUUGAAUGUUUUUGGGGGGUUUUGAUAUUUUUGGAGUUUUAGGUAUUUUCGGAUCUUUGUUUCAAGUUUGAGUAUUUUUGGGCUUUUUGGAUCGUAAAUACCCAAACCUCCAACCCGAAAUGCACGGAUUUUUUAACAAGUUUUUAAAAUUAGCACUUGAAUCGACCCGGACCCAACACGAACCAACCCAACACUAAAUCAGAACACCUAAAAUAUAUCUAUUGGGUUCAAAUAUGCUAGAUCCGAAAGAUCCAGACCGGUGAGAACGGACCGGACCUGAUCCGAGGACCCGAAUAAUAAUCUGACUCAAGUACUUGUUUAGAUUCAGAACAGACCAUUGGAGCCGCUGAGGCAUGAUCAAAAUCAAAACAAUGGGAUAGAGCACAUGAUCUUUGAGCAUGGAGGACUUUGAUCCUGCUUUAAUGGCUCCAAGAGCACAUGAUCUUUGAGAAUGAGCAUGAAUGAUUAGUCGUCUAACCAAAGUUGUGUAAGGACAAUUAAUUCUGCCUAGGAGAUACGAAUUUCAGGUCAAAUUCUUUUCGAGAGGGAGAGGGAGAGGGAGAAGGAGAGGGAGAGGGAGAGGUCAAAUUUAUUUUUAUAUUUAAAUAGUAGUAUUAGAAAAUUAGUAGAAGUAGAAUUCUUUCAUUUCCAUUGAUUUGUUAAUUAGUUUCCAAAAUAAAAUUUAACUAUUGACC